UGCGACCCUUUGGGAGGUCUCCUAGUGUUAAUAAGGUACAUAAUACAUCACCUGUCUGCGUCGUGGUGGCUUUUAAAAGUCGCACAUCACUGCGUUGGACUUGUAACUUACGGCUUGCUUUCCUUCGAAAUUGGUACUUAACGACCACCACCAUCUUCAAAUAUUGCGCAUAAAACCUUAUUGCGCAAACGCCAACCAUGUCGUCCCGAUCGCGCAACCAUCACAGUCGCCAUGACGAUCCCUAUGUCUUUGACGACCCGUACCGCCAUUCAACUUCGCCUAUCAACAGCACCGGCUAUGAGUAUGUUGGUACUGAAGAAGUUUCCAACGCUUCUAGAUCUCAUCGCGGCCGGUCCCCAAUUCCUCAACCACGUCGACGGCACAGUCCUAAGGGGCAUUCUAGAACCACUAGCCCUCCUCCACACUCAAGACACGACAGAGAUUAUACUACACCACCAAAAUCUGACCGACGCCCAUCACCCCCCAGAGCAUCCCGACAUACCUCACCACCUCGCAGCAGUGGGAAGGCCUCCCGAAGUAACCACCAUGAAGAUCAAAAACCCCCUCAACGACCAGGUGUUGAACGCACCAAAUCUCUAGGCCAGAAAAGUUUGAAAUUCCUUAGUGAAGCAGCUGCAUUAUACGCUGCAACACAAGGCGGACCAGGAGGCCGAGACCGCUCGCAGAGUCACGACCGCUCUCGCCGUAGCUCUCAUUACGAUUCAGAAUCAAGACAUUGCCAUCAUCAUCGCCACCACUCUCCUAGUCGCUCCCCGUCGCCGCAUAGGAGACGUUCACGAGCAUAUAGCGAUGACCCUCCGCGCAGGCAUCGGAGACACAGAUCUCCGUCCGUGAGCGACGAAUCAGAUUAUGAGCCCGAUCGAGGGCGGCGCCACCGGCGAUCCCGGGCCCGUUCGUACACCCCGAGCCUGUCACCGUCCCCUCCGCGACACCGAGGCCGUAAAUCCAAAUCGGUGUCGUCUAGCUUCAGGUCCUCUAAGGUCCCCGACGAAGCUGCUUCCGAUAGGUGGCAGAUGGCUGCCCGCGCUGCUCUCGAAGCGGCUGGCCUCACUGCCUUCAGACUCCGCAAGGAGCCGGGCAGCUGGACGGGGGAUAAAGGCGCCAAGGUAGCUACAGCUGCUUUGGGUGCGGCGGCGAUCGAUGCUUUUAUCGACAAGGACCCAAGACAGACGAAGUCGAAGGGUGUCAAAGGAUUCGCUGAAAAUACCAUUAGCAGCAUGAUUGCGUCCAAAAUAAUGGGCGUCAAGAGUCCAAACAAGCGCAGGGCCAGAUCGAGGUUCUGAUGCGUGAUCGAAUUGGCCAAUUUCACCUUUGGUGGGUGUAUCUCUUAUUACUGUAUUGGUUUGGUUAACUAGGUCAAUGUUGUUUGGAUGUUUCGAGACCGUCUAGACGAAUCGGCGGUGAAGGGAACUGUGAGAUUAUGGAUGAGAGAAACUUAACGACGUUAUAACAAUACUUUCCUCGAGAGGCAACGAU